AUGGUUAAACUGCAGGACUUGCCGACAGAACUCUUGUCACAUAUUGUCUCCUAUGUUGCAGAUGAUCAUUCUCUCGAUCAAGCAUCGUUGAACGGCCGUUCAAAGGACGACAAGAGAUCUAUGGACGACGACGACGACGACGACGACGAUAUUGGUGACAUCGUUGCAUUCAGAGAUUUGUAUAAUCUUUGCUUGGUCUCACACAAAUUUCGAGAUUUGGCGCAGCCUCUGUUGUUCCAAGAUUUCGACGAGGACUAUCUGACAGGGGAUAAUAGAAGCAUUAUCUGUUUUACCAGAGCCGUCACCCUUCGGCCGGAUCUAGCAGCAUGCGUCAAAACUGUUGAUACCAGUUCUACUGGGAUUGAGCUCCCCAUGGACAUGCCACAUCCACCAGAAAGGCUCCGCCCAGAGGAUAUCCGAUUGUUCACGCGGGCUGUUCAGGAUCUUGAUGUUGGCGACGACGUGAUGAAAUGGCUCAUGGCUGUCGAAAAUCGCGAUCUCAGUGUCUUCCUGGCUCUACUGCUUAGCAAAACCCCGAAUGUCUCGACCCUGGCCAUUCCCGCAGGUGAAUUUCAUAUGAAACCUGUAUCUCAUCUUUUCACCCAGAUCCCGUCGUUCUUGUCAAAGCUCGAACAUAUUAUUCUUGGUGGGGAUCAGCUAUAUACCGGAUAUAAUAUGGCCACGUAUCAGGAAUUCUUUAACCUCCCGCUUCUGAAAGAUCUGAUAGUAGACUAUGGGAAUCUGGUCGAGGCCAAUUGUCCCCGAUGGGCUCGCGGCUCACUUUCAAUUGAAUCGCCUCUUUUCAGACUAUGCCAUAUUGACUGUGGGAGUAUGAGGAGAUUUGUUCGAGGAUGCAGAGCGCUGAAGUCGUUUACACUUGCCAAUUUUUCGCCGGACCCACGACAGGGAAGAUACGACGAAGACGGUCGAAAGCAGUUCAAGGCUGCCCAGUUGCACGCAGAGCUCUUGGCCCACAAAGAUACUCUGAAGUUCCUUCGUUUCGAACAAAACCACCCAGAUUCUACCAAGAUAGGUUCUCUCCGCGAGUUUUCCGUCCUCGAAAAGAUCACGAUCCAGCAUCAAUUGCUCCCGGCGAAACCUCAAUUUCCACCGUCCCUGAAAACCCUCUACGUCACAGACUGCAAUACUUCGAUCCGUAACAUGGUACAGCAUGUCGCAGACGAAUGUCGCCAGGGACUUCUACCUGCCCUCAAGACAUUCAAAGUACUCACACUCGAUAUCACGCAGCCCAUUAAACUGCCUGGGCAGCGUAUACCAAAUGGCCAAACCCCGGAGCAAUGCUUUCUAAGCAUCAGGAAUAAAUUCAUUGGCACCAACGUCGAGUUCCAAAUUUGUCCGUACGCUAUCGAGGAUGAUGAUGAGGAUGACUUUUAUGACGACUUGGACCCUUAUGAAUAUAAUUAUGAUUCGGAAGAUGACUUUUAUGGUGCACCCAUGGGCGGAUCACGAAUGGCCAGCGCGCUGCUCCAAGCUUUGAGAAGUGAGGGGUAUGACAUGGGAAUGGGAAUGUGA